UUAAGCCCAGACAACCAAGGUUUUAACAUUUAUAGAGAGAGAGAGAGAGAGAGAGAGAGAGAGAGAGAGCACUUCGCUGCGGGGCCAAGAUGGGUAUCUCAAGAGACUCUAUGCACAAGAGACGUGCCACUGGUGGCAAGAAGAAAGCUUGGAGAAAGAAGCGCAAGUAUGAACUUGGUCGCCAGCCAGCAAAUACUAAGCUCUCAAGCAACAAGACAGUAAGGAGAAUCCGUGUGAGAGGUGGAAAUGUGAAGUGGAGGGCCCUUAGAUUGGAUACAGGGAAUUUUUCAUGGGGUAGUGAGGCUGUCACUCGCAAAACCCGUCUCCUUGAUGUGGUUUACAAUGCCUCAAACAACGAACUUGUUAGGACACAAACUCUGGUGAAGAGUGCCAUUGUUCAAGUCGAUGCAGCUCCAUUUAAGCAAUGGUACCUUCAACACUAUGGUGUUGAUGUUGGUAGGAAGAAGAAGGUGACCACUAAGAAGGAAACCACAGAGGAGGGGGAAGGUGCUGCUACAGCUACAGAGGAAAUUAAGAAGAGCAAUCAUGUUCAGAGGAAGAUUGAGAAGCGCCAGAAAGAUCGUCAACUUGAUCCUCAUAUUGAAGAGCAGUUUGGUUCUGGUAGGUUGUUGGCCUGCAUCUCUUCCCGACCUGGUCAAUGUGGCAGAGCUGAUGGGUACAUAUUGGAAGGGAAAGAACUUGAAUUCUAUAUGAAGAAACUCCAGCGGAAGAAGGGAAAGGCUGGUGCUGGUGCUUAAUUGUACUGUGUUGGUGUUUUGAUGUUGCCUAUAUUGAAUCUUUAUUUUUAGGCUAUAGCUUCCAUUGAAGAAGAGGCUUUUGCUAAGCAUUUUUGCUGUUACCUGAUUGGUGACCGCUUGAACGAUGUCAAUUGUUGUGGCAUCAUCUCUUAAAACAUUUUUGGCAACACAUUGGGUUUAAUUCAUUUAUUACGGGGCCUUUUAUUUUUCUCUA